GUUACCUUGCCUGUUGUUCGUUGACAACAAAUGGCGUCUCGAUCACCGUUUACCUUGCAUUUACUAACUUGUAUCAGUUUUAUUCGAAAACCACAUGUAGAAAAUAGUUUUUAAGAAUAAUUACACCAGUAUGGCUACUAUGAUCAACGGGCAGUUGAUCCUGGAAGAGGAAUAUGAUGAAAACUAUCAACCGACAGAACAAGAGAUAUUUGAGUAUGCCCAUUCAAUAGGUAUUGAUCCUAUAAAAGAAAGAGAUCUUCUGUAUAUUGCAAGGGAAGGUAUUGUUGCUCCUCUACCAGAUGAUUGGAAACCUUGUCAAGAUGCCAAUGGAGAUAUUUACUAUUUUAACUUCCAAACGGGUGACAGUGUCUGGGAUCACCCAUGCGAUGACUAUUAUAGAAACAUGGUUACUGAUGAAAGAAGAAGAAGAAGCAGUAUGGGUGCAUCAGCGAAAAAAGAUAAUAAAAAGAAGGAUAAAAAGGAUGGAGGCAAGAAAAAUAAGCCACUUGAAGGAUCUUUAAAUAAACAGAAGUCUCUUAGCCCUGGUUUGGCACCACUGAAAGGUGAAGGUUCCCUAGCUCCAUUGAGAGAUUCUUCUCCUGGUCGCUCAUUGGGUGGUUCCCUUGGAGCAAGCACAGGGAGCACUUUAGGUAGGGGCUCCCUUGGAGGGGGCUCUCUUGGAGGGGGCUCUCUUGGAGGGGGGUCUUUUGGAAGAGGCUCUCUUGGAGGGGGCUCUCUUGAAGGAGGCUCCCUUGGAGGUUCUCUGGGAAAAAAUCCCUUAGGUGGAGGCUCUAAUGGUGGGCUUGGGACUAGUGGAAGGUUUUCAGGUGCAGAUCGACAUAUGGAUCCUUUUAAGCAGGCCCCUCUUGGUGGCGUUAAGGAUUUACUAGGGAAACAGUCAACAGAUCAAGAAAAGUUUGGACGUGGAGUUGGUGAUGGUAGUGGAACAAUCACGCUAAGCACUGGAUUAGGGGACAACAUAAAUCUGAACUUUAUGAAUGAUCUUUCAGAAGAUGAGGAAGAAAAGAGUGAUUUUGGACGGCCAACAAUUGAUCUUGCUGGUGUACAUGACAUAGGAGCACUUGGCUAUGAGGACUCAGAAGUGGAAGAAAGCUCAAAUAUCAAGUCUCCUCCCACGCCAUCAAUGAGUGAUGUUGAUGAUGGAGAAGAAGUGGACUUUGGCAUCAACAAGACAUUGUCUGACAGACUGGAGGGAAUGAGUGCAGAGCUUUUAAGUCCAGCACAAAGUGCCACUAAAGCAGAGGCUCAAGCUAGUGGAGUAGCUGCAGUGAGCAGCAGUGUAAGGACAAUGGCUGGAGUGAGGAGUAGUGAUAUUUUGAUUCAAGAUCCAAGUCCUUCCAGUAACAAGGAGAGUGGUGUAACAACGAACAAGGUGGAAGAAGAGAGGUUACAGAAAGCCACACUACAGGCCGAGGCGGCAGAAAGAAGAGCAUCACAUCAGAGGGAACAAGAACAAGCAGAGAAUCAAGAAAAAGAAAAGCUUGCAAAAGAAGCAGCCAAAGCAAUCGAAGACAUGAGGAAAGCCACUGAGAAAGAACUGAACGAGGCAAAGCAGAAACUACAGAAAGAGAAAGAAGAUGCUCUCAGGAAACUUCAAGAGCAAUAUAAAAAAGAACAGGACAGUGAGGAAGAACGACUGGCAAAGGAACACGAUGCUGUGAUGAAAACACUCGGAGAAAAAGCCAGAGAAGACGCUCUAGAGGAGGAAGCCAUGUUGCAAGAGGGUAAGCAGGAUGCUAUGAGGAAACUUAAACAGCAGAUACAAAGAGAACAAGAGCAGGAAGAGGCUGAACUGAGAAAGGAAAAGGAAGAGGCCUUGAAAGUACUCAAGGAAGAGCUAGAGGAACAUGAGGAACAAGAGAACGACAAGAUGGCGGAUGAACGAGAGAAGGCCUUACGGAAGAUGCGGGAGACAUUUGCAGCGGAACUGGAGGAAGAAAAACAGAAGUUAAAAGAUAAACAGAGUGAAGUUGUAGAUGAGUUAAGGGAGAAAUUAGAGAAGGAAAAAGAGAUGGCGUUGGAGGAGCUACAACAAAACAAAGAGUACGAACUUCAACAACUGAAAACGGAGUUAGCCGAGAAACAUGAGAGAGCGCUGCAGGAGCUGAAGAAUGAGCUAGAAGUGGCACAAAACAGCCAAUUAAAUGCUGCACGUAGAUCUGCGGCGGAAUCCAAACCUAAUUUCACCAUGAGUAUGGACUCACUAGAUGUCGAGGCUCAACAAGAAUUUUUGAACAGGAAAAAAGAUUUAGAAGCUAAGAACGAGGAACAACUAGAGGCUUUGCGGAAAGAAUACGAGAAGAAAAUUUACAGCAUAAAACAAGAGUGGAAGGAACAGGAGACCAAGGAGAGGUUUGACUUGAGCGAAAAAUGGGAAAAGGAGAAGAGGAACUUGACAGAUGAACACAAAAAGAAUAUGAACAAACUGCGACAGGAGAUGGAGACUGAGAAGAACAAGCUGCAAAGAGAACUGGACCAAAUGGAAGCAAGUAUGGCGACCGAACGAGACAACCUGCACAAGCUGCGCGAGGCACUUGAACAAGAGGAAGAAGAAUUAGCCUCCCAGAGGAGAGCAUUGGAGGAGAAUCAAGAGGAAAUAGGAGAGGAGAAGAGAAGACUUGUACAGCAGAGGGAGGCUCUAGCUCGAGCCGGCAAGCAGGCAGUGGCAUCGACAGGAGAGGAUGGAACACUCGCAGGGCUUCAGUUAGAUGAAAUCAAGGCAGCUAUCUCAAGUGGUGAACGUGACUUGAGUAAAUUAAACAGGUUCGUGUUUCGAAUGUUUCUUUUAUUAUUUUACACACUCAUUCCCACCCUUGCAUACGCUUUGUUCCUUUUUUACCCACUGAUCACGAGUUAUUUAAUACUAUACAAACAAACACUCGCAAGGCUUCAGUUAGAUGAAAUCAAGGCAGCCAUCUCAAGUGGUGAACGUGACUUGAGUAAAUUAAACAGACAGAAGAAGAACCUUGAAACCGAAUUGGAAAAGUUAAACACUUCUAAGCAAGAGCUUCAGCGUGACGUAAGCAACUUUACGAAAAAUCUGAAAGAACUCAAAGAAAGUUGUCGAAAGCAGAAUGAAGAGCUACAAGACCUUCUGAUUCAGCGUGAUAGACUUCAAGAAGAAACCAUUACGAACGGUGUACGCGAAAACACCCUGGUAAAUGACAGUGGUCUUGAAAAGCCAGUGCCCUCCUCAUCGAAAGUUAGAGACGUAAGGAAAAGGCCCAAAAAACAAGGAGCUGACGUGGGUUCUGAAGAUGAAGCCCUACAUGUAGAGGAUCUGGAACCUCCUGGUGUUUCUGCGACUCAGGGCAAUCGUCUUGUGCCACCUUCAGAAGUGAAAGAUCGUUCAGACAGCGAGGACCUUUCCCCAGGUGAAUUUUCUCCCCGGGCAGCUGUGCAUUCAACGGCCAAGAAAGGCUCAGUAGGAGUCCGAGUACCAAAAGAGCCCGGUGGAUUGGAGAGAGCUUUCGAUUUAGCAGAUAUCUCAUCAGAUGAAAGUUCUUCCGAGAACGUCCAAGGAACCUUCCUGUAUUUAAAGAAGAAAGCUGAACUUCGUAACAGCGAAUUGAAAAGCCGCAUUGCGCAAGAGGGAGAUGCAAUAACAAGGGCCAAGGAAUUUUUACGACGGCAACGGCGCUCUGUCCAACGAAGACAAACCGCUUUAGAGGAUGCUCGGAAAGAAUGGACAAAUGAUGUGUCGCGGAACAGUUCACGAGGAAAGCCUCUGUCCAGUCGUAACGCUACGUUCUUGGAAGAUGUAAGAACACGCUUAGAUGAGGAGGAAGCGGAACUUGGAGUGGUAAUGGACAACAUGACCGCUGGCCAAGAAUUGCUGAGACAGAAGGAAGAUAGGCUCAGGGUUUUAGAGAACGCCUUGUUAGGCGGAAUGUCAACUGCUUCGGACUCGGGAGACACAUUCCUUGGGCAUUCCAGAAACGCUCGUCCGUCGACAAGAGACAGGCACCGUCCUCGGAAAACGCCGCGUAAGACUCUUGAUGAUGACGACAGCAGCGGCAUCAGCAGUAGCGACUAUGGUGAUAUCAUAAGCGGGAACGUUAGAAGAAGUGACGUCAAGAUGGGCAGCAGGCAGCCGAAAGUGGCCCUUCCCAGAAACCUGAGGAAACCCUCUACUGGGGAUGAAAGCUCCGAAGCCGUUCAUUACUCGUUACAGCAGAUAAACACGGACUUGGCGCGGAUUUUAACAUUACUUCAGACUCGUGCACCAUCCUUUACUCACCCAAGUGUCACGCCGGGCCCCUUCAGGGCUGAGCAUGUCACGCAGCCGUUUCCUGAUGCUCUCAGGGAGCCUCGUGUCGCGCCUGUGUAUCCUGAAGCAAGUCGGGUCAGUCAGGCCCAGGUCCCCUACCACCCUGGCACAGUAACAGAUCCUUAUCUUUCGAGAGGUGCUAGUGUUCCUGUGGUACCCACUGGUGCUCCUGUGGUACCCACUGGUGCUCAUGUGGUACCCAGCCGCCACGGACAAACUACUACUUUCAGUCCUAUGAAUAGCGGACCUCCACAAACUCAGGCUCCAUACAGAAACCAGGAAAGCACUGAGUCGCAGCUGGAAAGGAAAUGGAGAUCGUACUUUGGAGAUCAAUCACGUGACUCGCCAGCCUCGCUUUCCCUCGGACCUACGGGUAGUUUGUCGGGGUCAAGGGAACCAGCGGGUGUAAAGGACUGGACCUCAGAGAAAGAGUUAAGCACCGCUGAGCGAUUGCAGUCUCAUGCCGAGUGGCUUCGCAAUUUUCGGCGCGAGGCUGGCCUUCAAGUUAGUAAUGCAAGGGGACCGGAAGACAGAGCAGUUUCAUUCCCCACCCGGCAAGGAUCAACACGAGACUUUCAACUGGGGAUGUCAAGUGGUCGUUCCUCAUUGUCCAGGCCUCCUCGACUAACGCUUAAUGAAAAGAAUGAAAUUCGUUGGGUUUGAUCACAGUUCGCCAAAAGCGUUAUGAAGUUCAUAGCGGUGAUAAGUUUUAAAAAAAUGCGUUUUACGUAAGAAAAUUCUUUUGGAGACCUUUAUGAGAUUUUUGUGAGUCUGUUCAGUGAUAACUGAUACUUGCGUUGUUUUGGCAAGAUUUUAAAUUCUUAUCUCGGGCGUAAUAAUGUUUUACGAACUGACACCGGAUUUGGCGAAAGGUGGUUGUUGUGUGAGGUGAGUGACUCGCAAGUAGCGUGCGUUUGCGUGUACACCCGUAAUUGCAGUGAAUCUGAUUAAAGCAGUUGAAAAUUU